CUUGCAACAGGUUAGAGCAACCAGGAAGUAAACAACCAUGGUUUGACCCAGCGCGAUAACUUACAGAAAACAUUUAGUAUUAACUUAUUACAAUUCCCCAAAACUAUUUUGGGCUUGAUAAGUCACGAGGAUGUCAGCAGAAAAGGCAGGGUUAGGUCGAAUUCACCCUGGGGUUAUUGCAUCGGUGGUCUUCGUCUCUGUGGCGGCAAUACUUGCUGCUCUAUUGAUCAUCCGAAAAUACUGCUACCCAGUCAAUGAGGCGAGUUACAGAUACUCCACGCUGAGGGGAAUGGAGGAACAGGGUUCAGCCAUGACAGAGGGGGGGGACACGGGGCCCUGCACAGUGGGAGAGGAGUCGGAUGAGGAUCUUCUGGAAUAAGUGUCCGAGGGGGAUGCUGCAGGACUGGCUGAGUUUAUUUUGGAUGAAUUGUGUGCUUAAGGACUUCAGCAAAAGAUUGUUUUCCUUGUAGAUGAAUCCUUUGUUCCACUCAACAUCAGAAACAACUGUUCUGCCACUUGCUGCUGUAAUAGUUGUCCUCCUAAUAACCUGGGCAGUCUCCUUCAAUUCAUUCGAUGUACAGGAGAAAGCAAGGAAUAUUCUAAUUACAACAGCACCCAAGGCAAAGUGCGGCCUCUCCAGAGUCUGUCCGCCCGACCAUUUUGCUUUUUACAUCGUCAGCGGAGCAGCUAAUGUAGUCGGACCAAAGAUAUGCUUUGAGGGUAAAAUCAUUAUGAGCAAUGUGAAGAAUAAUGUGGGAUCAGGAUUGAACAUUGUGGUUGUAAAUGAGAAACUUGGAGAUGUGGAAACAAUUGCCUACCUUAAUAUGAAAAUUGGAAAUGCAGAUGACAUCCUGGCAUACCUGAAGAACAUAUAUCCUGGAAUGAUUGUCUUGGUGGCCUCGUUUGAUGAUGUGACAGCAAAAAUGACAGACGAGAUGAGGGAGGUGUUUGUCGGAAUGGGAAGCACUUUGAUCACGUCUGUGAAGCGCAGAGAUAACUGGGUGUUUGCUGGAAGAGCAGGGAGAGACAACAAAAGCCUCUUUGAGAAGCAAGCUGCUAAUGAUGAGAGCACCAACGUUUAUGGAGAUUGGCCGGAGGCUGUGGAGCUGUCUGGCUGCUACCCAAGGAACCAUACUGAUGGAAAAGUUUCGUGAUGAAAAGGAGAACGUGACUUAUUUAGGACUUCACUGUGGAAAUCCAAUAUUACUUAUUCACAAUGUAUUUGACGCAUUGAGUAACUGCAUUAUAGUUUACUUGUGGCUUUAGUUAGAGUUAGUAUUAAGACGUCUGAGCCAAAUUUGUCAUUAAUGAUUCUGGGUUAUCUAAAUAAAAUUGACUGGACUUGA